AUGAGUUUUCUGUCACCGGUGGACAAAUUUAUGUUGCUGUCGCGCUGCUGGUCGGUUUUCUUCAUGCUUCACUAUAUCGCUGCAUCACAACCGCCACCUCUGAACCAUCUGAAGCUGAACGAAUUGGUAAAUUCGGCGAAAAUGGAUCAACAAUUGGACAAUUUGGACAGUGAAGAACUUAGGCUCGCUACCUCUUAUUUGCUGAGCAAAUUAGAUUCGCUGUUGCUUCACUGUGAACAGAUCUCGAUGGACGGUGAAUUCUCUACAUCAGCGCAUCCAGCAAAUGUCAUUCGAGCUGCUCUGAACAUCAGGACCAAUCUGUUUUAA